AGGGAGCUUAAAGUGGCAACAAGUGAAAGGAGCAAACAAUCUCAGCUUCAGACAACAACAAUUUAUUAUUCAUAAAUUAUCUUAACUAUAGUGCUCAGUAAGUAAUUAUUUUAGACAGAUGCUAUUACAUGUGUGCCGUAAAUAAACCCAUCGUGCUAAAAACUUAAGGAGUGUUUCACAAAAUCUGUGAAUGAUUUCUGCUAACGUUACCUGGGGCAUCAUGAAUGAUAAAGAUGACUCUUCAGGGACUCUGGACUCGGAGUUUGAUCAUUACCUUGUUGAUAUGAAGCCAUAUGUACUCAAACUGCAACACAAGACGGAGCGCCAGCGAUGUGCUCUGUGGAUUAAGAAGCUUUGUGACCCUGUGGCCUGUGGCUCUGGACUGACCGGAAGGAAAAACCGGAACAUGUAUGGCUGCCUCCUUCUGCGCAUGUUGAGAAAAGGAGUUUUGGAAGGCCCCUUCGCACAAAAACCUGAACCUGGCAGCCUUAAGACUCUGCCCACAUACAUGUCCAUCUACUUUGAUGAGCCAUUGGUAAAUUGGUCACUAGAUCAGAGCUCUGCAGCACUGCCCGACUGGGUGUCUGGUGAGUUGGGUCAGGCAGAGAAAACGUGGUCCACCUCCCCACUCUCAAACGCACAAAGGAAGAGAGGUUUGUUCUGUGAGAAAUCUCCAGCCGGACUGUUGGCCUCCAGUCCUCUCAAACACAUGGAGAAGAGCCAUAUCAAGAAGGCGGAGACACUCAGCGGGCUGCCCAUCUCCUCUGAUGAGAGUGACUUUGAGACCCGCUUCAACAGCUGGAAUCUCGGGAUUGAAAACCCCCGGUACCUGCGUGAGAACCCUGUUCCUCUAUCUCCAAUUUACAACAAGUCAAGCAGAAACAGCAAACUUUGUGAAAAGGUUGGCCCAGUGAAAGUUGACAAAGAGAUUGAGCUGAAAAGUAAAGUUCUGGAGGCCAAACACCAGGAGGAGAUGCUGAGGAAGCAGCAGAAACAUGAUGCAGAGAUUCAGAAGAACCCCAUUGUUGUCUGUCGGUCCCGGAGUGUGUUUUGUGUGGUCAAAAGAAGAAUCAUGCUGCAUGGGGUGGCCUGGGGUGUGAGAUGCCCCGUGGCCAGGUCUCAGUAUUUGUCUCUUCCUCCUGUAGUUCAAAGCCUACUGCGAGAGUCCCAGGUCAUCCGGCAGACCAAAGAGAAACAGAUCAGCGAGCUGAAAAAAAUGUCCGAUCAAAGUGCUGAAUCUCAGAAAAACGAAUGGGAGAAGAAGUUGCAUGUAGCGGUGGCAGAGAUGGAGCAGGAGAAGUUUGAGCUGCAGAAGAAACACACAGAAAACAUCCAGGAGCUGCUGGAGGACACCAACCAACGGCUGGCCAAGAUGGAGGAUGAGUACAACGCUCAGACUCAUGCCACCGAGAAGAUGCUUAAGGAGUUGGAGGCACGGGUGAAGCAGCUCUCAGUGGAGGUGGAGAACGGGAACUUGCUCCGGCAGAAGGUCACACUGGAUAAAGCUGAGCUAGAGGUCCACAUCACAUCCAUCAGCGUCCAGCUGCAAGAGGCCAAUCACAGGAAUGUGUCCCUGCAGAGGGAGAUAGAGCAAAUGAGAGAGCAACAUGAAGACACACUGCAGAAACUUCAGGAAAAACAUACAGCUGACAUGAGCCACUUUCAGCAGGAGUACGCCAAAUCUGUAAGCAAGGCUUCAGAGGUCAUUGAGGAUCUGGAGCAGAUGGUGGUUUCUCUUAAACAACAGAUACAGGAUUCUGAAAAGAAGAGACAGAGACAGCUCAGGGAACAAGAGACUAAGAUGCAACAGGAGAUGACAGACCUCCAACACAGCACUGAUAAAAAGCUGCAGAUACUCCAGGCUGAGCUGGUAAAGGAGCGAGCUGAUGGCAGAAAGAGGAUCAACACCAUGGAGGAGAUGCUCAGGUAACUUCUGUUCAUUUGC